AUGAGAGAUAUCAAAAUUUUGUUAACUGAUGAAAUGUUUAUCAUAAUAUCAGUAACAUUUUAUUAG